AAGCGUAGCAGGCUGGAAGCUCACCCGUAUCAGAGCAGAUAAUAUUUCCAAGAUAAAGUGAACGAAAUCCGCGGCUUAAAAUAGGGGACAAGUGCGCUUACAAUCAGUAUUCCUCAUUCGUGUGGUGCAAGAGUAGUUAAAACGGCUUUCCACUCAACCCUCGGAGCCGGUUGUCUGGAAUAUGGGUAAUAUAUAAUGUAAUUUACAAAGCUUAUGUCCACCUAAAUAUACCAUAGUGCAUCGAUCAGCUGAUCAUCGUCAUCAUCAAACUGUCACUUAUAUUAAUAAACAACGCAUUCGACCGGUAGAAUGCCGUGGUGAAAGUGUAAAAUAUUAGUUAUUUUAUAUAAACGCUAAUCUUCUGCAGAAGUUAAGGGAGCAAAGCUACAAACAACGGAAUCAUCUGAGGAAAGAAACUUCUUAGCUAAAGCAGAAUUGAAAACGUUUGCAGAGGAAACCACAUUGAGAGCAAAAUGAGUGAAGAAGCUCUUCCCAAUGCACCGCGAAGGGAGCUGUUAAAAGAGGCAGACUUGUUAGCGCAAGUAAGUAGCGGUAAAGGAAGAUCUUCCCGUCACGGCGAUUCCUACCAGCUGGGAAUGGGGUUGUUGGUGACAUUGCGUGCGUUCCGGAUGCAUCAACUGGACAGGACAUUUAUGUUCGUGAUCGUCAUGGAGGAUCCUGCCGGGAAAGAUUUCGAUGACAUCAUGUACCAUUACUCAUCAGACCGGCUUCCCUCUGGCACUGUCAGCAUACAGGCAAAGCAUAAGCAAAGCAAUGACGAUGACGGUAAACAAGGGGUGCUUACGGAAGAUUUGCUGCACGCUCGAUGGGACAGUAAGCCCAAGCCACCGUUCUCGAUUGCGAAAUACUUCAUCUCGUUUCUGGAGGUGGAUCAGAACCUGAGUACAACAACGCGAUCGUAUGUAUUAUGCACCAAUUACGUGCUGCAUAAAAGCUUAAAAGGACAGUUUAUCGAGAGGGAACAACAGUCGGAUGAAGAUAUGCUGCAGUUCUGCUAUGAUGUUGGGGCAACCUGCUACCAGAUUAAUCCAGAGCAUGAAAACAAAACAUUAGAGGAUCAACUGAUCAACAGCGCUCUAGCCAAGCUUGGAAAGUUGAUGGCAAACGAUGUGUUUCAUAGAAAAGAGAUUAUAUGCAAAGAUUCACUGUACUAUACCUUCGCUGGGUUCAUUAACAAAUGUGUGGAUCGUUGUGAUGCAAACGCAACUGGAUUCAAGUUUAACGAAGUCUACUUCAAUGCGGCACCAAACACACACAUAGGAAUAUUUCGUACAGAGUUUGCGAAGGAGUGCCAAAGGUUAAUGAAGGAUGGCAAAUUAAAAAUAAGAGAAAUUUUGAAAACAGCUAUAAUAAGGUUCGAUCAAAGCUCAUUGACUGCAGCGCUUUCUAAGGAAGAAAGUUUAGAACAGUUAAUUUCAAAGUUUUACCAAUCGUUCAUGCUCGUUUGCCAAACGCCACACGAAGAGGAACUGAUGAGCAAAGCAAAAGACCUGCUACCAAAGUGGUGCAGUGCGGAGCUGGUUUUAGAUAAGCUGCAUACGUUGCUGUUCAAUGCAAUGAAGAGUGCGACACCGGAUCCGAUUAGUUUGACAUUUCUGCAAGAAAAGUUCCGAGAAGUUGAUCCCAACGUAAAUUUUACGCUUUUAAAAUGUAGAUCAAAAGAGUAUUUAGACUCGAUGCAGCAGAAAUAUCCUUUCAUUCAAAUAGACCCGGAACGAUUAAAACGCUCGAAGCUGAACAGUUUCAUUGCUAGCGAGAAUUCUGGUGGUAUUUAUGAGUUUAAAUGCUCGCUCAAUUUGGAUGUGAGCUCGCUGAUUGUAGGGCAGACGUUAUUAUUACAUCGGUAUGAAACACUGUUCAUUGAUAGUGCCAUGCACCAGGAUAAAAAGGAACUGUUGAAUAUUCUGGACGAUCUGAUGUCUUAUCUGAAGGAUGUCAAUCAUCCCACCAUCAAGUUGAUAACGUUUUGGGGAAAACUGGAGGCAGAAAAUCUAUGCGAAAUCAAGAAACUGUGUGAACGCUAUCAUCAAAAAGUAGUGAUUGUAGAACAGAUUCUAGAUAGCGUUGAACAUUUUUCGAUGGAUGAGCUCAUAGGCGAAGCAAAGGAACAGCUGUUCCAUGAUCAUGAAAAUCAAAUCAUCUUUGGUACAGUCACACCGCUGACCAGCAUUAUACACGAAAAAGAUGAUUUGAGCUUUUUGUUGAACGUGUUAGAGAUAUUGAAUCAGCCUGAGAAGAUGGCUAGGUACGAUUCGAUCGAACACAAUUAUGAACAGAUUAAACCCUGGUACAUUCACCGCCAAUUCGUACCAUUGGAUUCUCCGCCAGAGAAGGAGAACAUCACACGAAAUGGCAACGUAACGUAUAGUGCAAAUUCGUUUGGGCAGCAAGCAGAAGUUCAUUUUGCAGAAAUGGUUCAUUAUCUUCAUGAUUAUGAUAAGGACACUAUGUCAGAUGUAAAGAAGACUCUAGCGUUGAGCGAAGAAACACAAGAUCCUCUUGGUUGCCGGGAUGACGAAAAUGAUGGGAAAGUGUACAUUUUCCUAAACGAAGCUGGGGAGGGCAAGACCACCUACUUCACCUGGCUGGCCUGGCGCUUGUCAACGUACGAUCGGUCGCUGUAUGUAAUCAAGCUGAUGGCAUUGGAAUAUUCGACAGAUUUCGAACGUUUGGAAGAAUGCGGAGUAGACCAUUGGAACGACACACAGAUCGUGAGGCUUCUGUAUCGUUUCAUUCACCUGGCGCUGUUUGUUCCGAGCGUCUGCAGGCGUACGAUCGAAGAGACGGAUGUCCACAGAGCUGAGGCCGUUCGAUGUGCGGAACUGAUCAGCCUGUCAAAUGGACGAAUAGUACUCGACGAGACAAAGACAAAAGAUCUGACAGCGAUGCAACUGAUCGAGCUACGGUUGUUUCGGGAGAAGUUUAAUCAGAAGCAGCUCGCACUGAUCCUCGAUGGGUUCGAUGAGAUCGCCCCUUACUACAAGGAUGUGGUGAUGAAAUGUUUCGCUUGGUUUGCGCGUUUCGAGAGAAUCCGUAGCGUGUAUCUUUCGAGCCGGCCGUAUGAUUUCGAAAACGAUCUUAAGAAUGCCUUUCAGAAUUGUAAAAUGAAUCGUCUGAAGAUGUUAUCUCGGAAAAAUGUUAUACAUGUUCUGCACAAGUAUCUUUCGCUGCACAUAGAAGAUUACAGGGACUGUAAAAAGGAUCAACGAGUGAAUUUCCUCACUAUACUGUAUGUUAUUAUAACAGAUGGUUUGAAAGAUUCUGUUUCCGUUCCACUCUUGUUAGACAUGGUACUUCUUACUUUACGGCCUACGAUACGGGAACACGUGAAUUUCAAGUCCUGCAGAGCAUCAAACCGUCUUUUGGGGAUUGCCAAAUUGGACAAGUUACAGCUGAUGGAGCAAUUCGUUGCUAGGAAGUUGGAAAUUUUUAACACCGACAAGUCCGGAAUGACCAACUCAUCUGCCAAGACAGCUGUUGCUAAGAAAAAGGAAGAGCAAGAGAACAAACGCAUUAAACAACGUCACGCAUUGCUAGCCAUGUACGCUCUGUUCAAUAGUGAAGAUAGGGCAAAGCUGCUGUCCGGUCGCGAACAAGCCCAAGCCAUCGAGUUGCUAGAGGAAGCGAUGCAGGGCGAAGAGAAAACGGGCAUCAUUUCAGGAGUAAGAGACGGUAUACCUCAGUUUGUGCAUCGCAUGUUUGCAGAAUAUUUUGUAGCGUGCUGGCUGUACCAAAACAUGGCCCGGUUCAAGCAGGAAAGUGUGUUCAAGUCUCAAACCAUCUGGGCACAGCCAAUGAAGCAAGUGCGAGAGUUUUUCAAUCGAAUGAUACUGCAGAAAAGCGAAGGAUGUGAUCUACACCGUGCUGUGGUGGAUGGGUCCUAUGAUUUGAGUCAAAACAUUGUGAAGAGAAAGCUUUCCUCCUUGAUUGUGAAGGAUAGUGUUGGCCGAUUGGCAUUACACGUAGAAGCCAGUAAUGCGAUAAUCUUUAAUGACCACUUUCUAAAGAUAAUUCCAUGUGAAAUAAUCAAUCAGAGAGAUGAACUGUUCUGUUGGAAUGCCUUGGAUUAUGCAUUUGUCUGCAACAAUAAUAUUGCAAUAGGCAACCUUCUUAAGUGUAGCGUACAGCUGAAUGUGGAGAUUUUAUUGGAUCAGCUGUUUUCCAAUGAUGAUACAGAUACUUUGAUUAUGCAGGGCAUCACUUACGCCUGGUCUUUGCAGGGUUGUUCAAAAGUCGAAAUCGCCGAUGAAAUACUCAGUCGUGUCGUAGAACGUCUGCUAAACGAACGAAUGCUAGAUAUUUACACUGCGCGUACGAAAUUAAACUCGUUGUCGGUUUUAGAAUUUUGCGCCAAGUUUAACUUCGAUCGUUUUUUCCAUCAGCUUGUCACACAGGUGGGUGCACCUCUGAUGCAGAACAUGGCCGCUGGUCUGGGCGAUCGUUUAUUCCAGAUAGCUUUCGAGCAAACGGCUCACACGUUUAUUAAAUAUCUUAUUGAACAGUGCAAGCUUCCCUUGCCAUUGAUAAACGAUAUGCGUGGCUUAAUCGACGGUGUCAAAAAGGCAAUACAAAACGGCGAUGUGGAGCUGUUUAAAAUUCUUUUCCGGCAGCUGUGUCUGCAACGAGAAAUAAUCUGUACGGCUGAAAACGACCUCAUCGAUGAUAUUGACAAAAAGAUCUUUGAACCAUUCGAAGUAGAAAUUGGUUUAAAAAAUGAAUGCUGUGUAUAUGAUUCCGGAAACGUUAAGCUCACAGUACCGGAAUAUUCAUUUUCGGACGAAAACGUGGAAGACUACUUAAUAGAAGUUUUGGUAACUACAGCAGUACAUGUAGGAAACGUAUCGAUUGUUAGUUACAUAUUGCAAAAGACGAAAACGAUCGUAACAAACAGGCUGAUUGUGACGAUUAUGCGAUUAUUUCCCAAGUCACAACCUUUGUGUCACAAAAAAUCCAUACCAGCGUUCAGGUAUUUGCUCCACAAAACAAUCGAUCUUCGUAGUGUUGAUGUAGAGGGUCGCAAUUUGUUUCACAUGAUCGCUCAAAACGGUUGCUGCUACAUGUUGCCCUGUCUGAUGGAGCAAGGGUUCGAUCCGAACGAGGCUAAUCCUCAGAACGGCUGGAAUGGUUUUCACUAUCUCGUGUCCUGUUUGGAUGAAGUCGGCUUACGUGUGCCUAAGACAUUGGUACGCCUUCUACCGUAUCAUGCCAAUAGCGACUGGAAAACUGCAGGCGAGGAUUUGUUUAACUUUGCAAUCAAUAGAUCGCAGUGGAUUGUUGCACAGUUGCUAUUUCAAACACAUUGCCAGGCCCUUUCGAAGUCACGAAAACGGAGUGCGCUUUUGAGUUUGAUUAAACGAAUGCUGCGACAACAUGAAACGGAAAUUGUACUUAAGUUUUUGUUAUUUGUAUGGUAUAAUAGUAGCUGGAAUGGACUAUCGGAGGAUGGAAAUUGGCAUAACAUCUAUGACAGCCUUCUUCGCAGGGUACCGGUUGUUUGAAGUUGCAUAAUCUUAUAAGGUGAGGUAUAGGAUUGCUAUUUGAAAUUACUACUUAGACUACAAGUCAUUGUGGCAUCGCAACUAAAAGUUGUUAGUUGUAGUUAUAUUAUUUUUACGAUGUAUUAAAUGAUUAUUUUAAAAUAAACAAUUUGUAUGUUAUAUAAGUGUACUAUUUAUUUAGUUCAAAUCUUAAAAAAAAGGAAAAGGUAAGCAAAAGGUGAAGGGAUCACCAUUACGCCAGGUAUGUAGGAAAAUCAAUUACAGCACUAUUCCGAUAAAAUCACUUAGAAUAAGUACUCCAUCCUGUAACUACGAUACGAAUUUUGUAGCUUUUACAAACAUUUUGCAAGCGUAGGUAGAAAAGGACAGAUUUAAACUCUAGGCAACGCUUAAUGUCUUAUAUUCUUAGAUAGCAGUUUACGUUUGUACCUUUUUACACAAUUCAAUCAUCACACCCUAAAUGAUAUGGCAGCCGGCUAUAGGAAGAGAAUUCGAAUAUAUUUGAAGAAUUGAAUGAACGAAGGAACGCAGUUAAAUAAAACAGUAAGUUCGCCGGAUGUUUAAAUUUAUACAAAGGUCGUACCAUUUUUCCCAGUACAGAUAGUGUAGCGAUGAUCACUAGAUGGCGAAGACAUAGUUCUAGUAUCCACCAUUACGCCCUCUAGUGGCAUUUCAACGCACUUUCUACACGUUCAAUUACGUUUUAUAUCAAGCGUAGCAGGCUGGAAGCUCACUCGUAUCAGAGCAGAUUACAUUUCCAAGAUAAAGUGAAUUGAACAUGCGGCAUAAAAUAUGUGACAAGUGUGCUAAUAAUCAGUGUUCCUCAAUCGUGCGGUGUGUGAGGAGUUAAAAACGGCGUUUAACUCAGUUUGCCUGAAGUGCAAGACGUGUAUGAUGUGCUGUGGUACGGCGAUCGUUUGCAGGACUCUGGUUUCGGAAUCAAGGCUGAAACAGAUGAGUGAUAUUAUACACGCUCUACUUGAGUAACGUCAGAAGUAUGGAACGAGUUUACACUAACAAUGACGGUGGUCUUCCACCGGGGGGCCCCACUCCAUCGUUCGCUGCUGUUCAGUUUGUCCUGAACACAGACAAAGGACGAUCCACUCUACAUGGCAGCUCGUACCAUCUUCGACUCGGAAUGGUUAUCAUCCUCAGGGCCUUUAAAAUGCACCGGCAGGACAGCGGGUUCAGUUUUACGAUGGCAAUGGAAGUUCCUGCCGCCGGAAAAUUUGACGACAUUAUGUACCAUUAUCGGUCGUCGGUCCGACAGGCCUCCGAGACCUUGUUCAUACAGGCGAAACAUAGACAAAUUGCAGAUAGUGAGGACAGUCCGUCUCAAAAAACCACAAUGAAGCAUCGGGAAGCAACGCAAAGCAAGAAUAUGGCACUAACAGAGGAUGUUUUAUUUGAAACGUGGGACUCCAACGCAUCAUUUUCGAUUCCGAUGUAUUUUAUGUCAUUUCUCGAAGUCGAUCAACACCUUCCAGAGGACGCUCGGUACGUGCUCUGUACGAAUGCUGCCCUUGAUAAGAGCAUCGAAAGCUUCUUUACGACAAACCAGCAAGAGGACGCCGUUCUGUUACAGCUGUGCGACGACAUAGGAGCCACGUGUUAUCAGUUUGAUCGCGAUAUACCGUUCCCAAAUCUGGCUGAUACGCUGAGAGACUCGUGUCUAGCUAAAUUGGGAAAGCUUAUCGCGCUGCACAUGAUGAAAGACGUUCUGAUCAAGUUCAAUGACGCGUUAUUCAACACUUUCGCUAGCUUGAUAAGCGAAUGUCUGAGGCCAUUGGAAAAGGAAAAGGUCGAAUCAUCUGAAAUCUCAUACACGAUCAAGGAAGAUGACGAGCCUGCAGAUCCAUCCACCCCAGCCGGAAAGCUUCUGACUGCGUUCAAAAGAGAAUACGACAUGAUGAUAGAGAAAAGUAAGCAAAAGAAGGAUGUAACACGCCAAUUAAAAAUCAGGGUUGAUAGAAACUCUUUCGCCAAUGCUCUUAGCGCAGGUGAUUCAGAAUGGAGCGCAAAGUUCAAUGUGAAAUUGCACAGGUUUUACGAAAAAUUUGUGCUCGUAUGUAACUCCUUGAACGAAGAAAAGCUACGUACACAAGCUAUGACGCUUUUGCCGGAGUGGUGCAAUGCCGAACAUGGCACGGUGCUGGACAAGCUGCAGGUAUUACUGUUUGAGGCAAUGAAGAGUACGAAACCCGUCCCGGUCGACUUGAAGUUUGUGAGGGAGAAGUUUAUGGAAAUAGAGCUCAAGCCGAGCAUUUCGCUUGUGAAAAGUAGAUCCAACGAAUAUUUGACCUGUUGGGUUAGGGAACAUCCUCACAUAAAAAUAGAUCCAGAUCGUUUAAGGCGCUCUGAGCUGAAUAGUUUUAUUGCUAGCAAGAAUGCUGCAGGAAUGUAUGAGUUCAAGUGCUCUCUGAGUAUGGAUGUGAGCUCUCUUAUUGUAGAGCAGACGCUAUCAUUACAUCAGUAUGAGACACUGUUCAUUGACAGUGCUUUAUACCUUGAGAAAAAGGAAAUGUUGAAUAUGCUGCAUGACGUAUUGUCUUACCUGCGGGAUGUAGAUCAUCCAACUAUAAAGGUGAUAACAAUUCGAGGGAGAUUUGAGCAAGAAAAUCUAUGCGAAAUCAAGAAUCUAUCUGAACGUUACCAUCAGAAAGUAGUGAUUGUAAUGGAGACGGGAAUCGCUGAAAACUUUGAACAUGAGAAUCAAAUAAACUUAGGAACAGUUUUAUCAUACAGUUCGAAAAUUUCAAACAUAGUACAUGAAAAUCUCUCUAAGAACAAUAAGAAACUGUCCGACUACAACGAUCUGAAAGUAGAAAGGUUUACUAUACAUGAUCUUACAGGCGAAGCAAAGAAACAGUUGUACCGACAAUAUGCGUAUCACGUCAUCUUUGAAACAGUUAUCCCGCUAGCCAGUAUUAUAAACGAAGAAGAUGAUUUGAGCUUUUUGUUGAACAUGUUAGAGCUUUUCCGCCAGCCUGAAAAGAUGGCUAGAUACGAUUCAAUCGAACACAAUUAUGAGCAAAUUAAACCCUGGUACAUUCACCGCCAAUUCGUAUCAUUGGGAACCCCGCCAGAGAAGGAGAACAUCAUACGAAAUGACAACGUAACGUAUAGUGCAAAUCCGUUUGAGCAGCAAGCAGAAGUUCCUUUUGCAGACCUGGCUAAAUAUGUUCUUCAUAAUGAUAAGGACACUAUGUCAGAUGUAAAGAAGACUCUAGCGUUGAGCGAAGAAACACAAGAUCCUCCUGGUUGCCGGGAUGGCGAAAAUGAUGGGAAAGUGUACAUUUUCCUAAACGAUGCUGGAGCGGGCAAGACCACCUACUUCACCUGGCUGGCCUGGCGCUUGUCAACGUACGAUCGGUCGCUGUAUGUAAUCAAGCUGAUCGCAUUGGAAUAUUCGACCGAUUUCGAACGUUUGGAAGAAUGCGAAGUAGACCAUUGGAACGACACACAGAUCGUGAGGCUUCUGUAUCGUUUCAUUCACCUGGCGCUGUUUGUUCCGAGCGUGUGCAGGCGUACGAUCGAAGAGACGGAUGUCCACAGAGCUGAGGCCGAUCGAUGUGCUGAACUGAUCAGCCUGUCCAAUGGACGAAUAGUACUCGACGAGACAAAGACAAAAGAUCUGACAGCGAUGCAACUGAUCGAGCUACGGUUGUUUCGGGAAAAGUUUAAUCAGAAGCAGCUUGUACUGAUCCUCGAUGGGUUUGAUGAGAUCGCACCUUACUACAAGGAUGUGGUGAUGAAGUGUUUCGCUCGUUUCGCUCAGCUAGAUGGUUUACGAAACCUGUACAUAUCCAGCCGUCGGUAUGGAUUUGAAGAAGCAUUUCAGCAAACAUUUAGUGACUUCAGUUUGUUCCAGUUGACGAAAUAUUCCAAGCAUGACAAGAUAUUAUCUCUUCACAAAUUUCUCCUCUCUAAUUACAGUGAUUACAUUCGUUGCGAUUGGGAUGAUUGGGUGCACUUACUCACUGUACUUUAUGUGAUUGUUGACGAUGCUCUGGCCGAUCUGGCAACUGUACCCCUUUGGCUACACACCGGGCUGGUUAUGCUACUACCUUUAACAAUGAAGUUUGUAAAUUUCGAUUCCAAAUCGAUCUCGAAACGUAUUUUUGCGCAAACGAAAUUAGACGCACUGCAUCUGGUGGAAGGCUUUAUCGACAAACAGUUGAGCAACUACAUCACAAGCAAAAUGGGGACAACUAAUGCCGCUGCCAGAACGGUUGCGGCGCGAAGCAAUAAGGCAAGGAUGCUCAAACUGCUCAAAGAGCAGCUCAUGCUAUUGGCCAUGUACGCUAUGCUAGAUUGCAACGGCAGAGACCAACUGCUGUCUAUUGAAGAACAGGCUGAAGCUGUGGAAUUCAUUGAAAAGGAAGCCGAAGGCCAAGAGUUGCUGGACAUUGUGGAAGGCGUGCGGGAUGGCGUGCCUCUGUUUAGAUAUCGACUAUUUGCUGAAUAUUUUGCAGCUUGUUGGUUGUUCGAAAACGAGCCAUGUGUGGGUGAGGAAAGUGUUCUUCAAUCGCCGUCAUUUUUUACAGAAUCUUUUGAGCAAGUGCAAUUCUUUUACAACCAGCUUUUGGAAAGAGAACGUGAGAGCAAACGACCGACCUAGGGCGAUCAUGCCGGCCAAGCCAGCAAGUGUGAGUUAUUUGUAUUGCAAAAAGUGAUCGUGUAAUCGGUUUCAGGCCUAUGUGAUUUUUUGUGUGGAUAAAUCACUCUUAAGGCAUUCAGGCAGAUAGAAGCUAGAUGUGGAAUUGAUUGGACAAUAUUUUCAUAAAACAAUUAACAAAAAUGUAAGACUCGAAUGGUACAUGUGGAAGACAAAAAUGAACCUCUCAACAGUUGAAUCGCUUGUCCGAUCAACGAGAAAUCUAGAAAUUCAUAAGCCUGAAGAAAAUAAUUGGGGUCAAGCCAAUGACAAUGCAACUGAUUUGCCCUUAUCUUUCCAGCGAAUUAGCUAAACAAAAUUGUGAGAAUCAAAUUUGUUCGAAGAAAAGGUUACACAGAAAAUCAUUGCUGCCUGAUAAUGUAGUAAGAUAAGAUAUCCGGAUAUGUAAGGUAUGGAUAACGUAUGGAGCGCAUACGGUAACGACAUACGGUAGAGUAAUAGAUUCGACACAGUUUUGUCUGCGUUUUUAAGGUGUUUGCAUCAAAAUCUAUCUCGGUGAGUAGACCAAUUAGGUAAAAUUGAAUGUGAUAAUACGGAACAGAGCAAUAGGAUUGUAUUAGAAUGUAACCGAAACCACACAUUCCACCAAAUGACGUUGUGCUGUGAAGCGUGAAGCCAGAAUCGAUGACAUUCGAUGAUAUUCAAUGAAACGGCGUGAAAUUGUCUCAAUAUGUCAGGUUGCACAGUAAGAUUAUCUACAACCGCUACAUUGGUCUACUAGCAAAAGCGCCGACUGUCGACAAGUCCGGAUGUAUCUUGUUUCUCAUCAAGGUCCAAAAUGAACGGUAAACCCAAGCACGAUGACGAUCGUUCUAACGUCUCAAAAGACACGGACGUUCGACCAGUUUCAUCUGAUGUCGAUGUUAUUCGAGCCGUGUUAAAUAAAACAGACAAAGGCCGAUCCACUCUACAUGGUGACUCUUACCAUCUGCAACUGGCUGUAAUAAUGAUUCUUCGGGCAUUUAAAUUUCAUCGACAAAACGGAGCGUUUGAUUUUACAAUUGCAUUGGAAGUUGCUGCGGCUGGAAAGUUCGACGACAUAAUGUUCCACUACUCAACGUCCUCACUAUCAUCGGGGACCUUGUUCAUACAGGCGAAACAUAAGCAGAUGACUGGCCGUGAAGCUACGUCUUCGAAACAAAGAAAAGCUAAAUCGGCGCAUUUUGGAACAGCGAAACCAACAAAAGGAUCAAUGAUACCGGAAAGUGCAUUACUUGCUGCCUGGGAUUCGAAUGCAACGUACUCCAUUCCGAUGUAUUUUAUGUCAUUUCUCGAAGUCGAUCAACACCUUCCAGAGGACGCUCGGUACGUGCUCUGUACGAAUGCUGCCCUUGAUAAGAGCAUCGAAAGCUUCUUUACGACAAACCAGCAAGAGGACGCCGUUCUGUUACAGCUGUGCGACGACAUAGGAGCCACGUGUUAUCAGUUUGAUCGCGAUAAACCGUUCCCAAAUCUGGCUGAUACGCUGAGAGACUCGUGUCUAGCUAAAUUGGGAAAGCUUAUCGCGCUGCACAUGAUGAAAGACGUUCUGAUCAAGUUCAAUGACGCGUUAUUCAACACUUUCGCUAGCUUGAUAAGCGAAUGUCUGAGGCCAUUGGAAAAGGAAAAGGUCGAAUCAUCUGAAAUCUCAUACACGAUCAAGGAAGAUGACGAGCCUGCAGAUCCAUCCACCCCAGCCGGAAAGCUUCUGACUGCGUUCAAAAGAGAAUACGACAUGAUGAUAGAGAAAAGUAAGCAAAAGAAGGAUGUAACACGCCAACUAAAAAUCAGGCUUGAUAGAAAUUCUUUCGCCAGUGCUCUUAGCGCAGGUGAUUCAGAAUGGAGCGCAAAGUUCAAUGUGAAAUUGCACAGGUUUUACGAAAAAUUUGUGCUCGUAUGUAACUCCUUGAACGAAGAAAAGCUACGUACACAAGCUAUGACGCUUUUGCCGGAGUGGUGCAAUGCCGAACACGGAACGGUGCUGGACAAGUUGCAGGUAUUACUGUUUGAGACAAUGAAGAGUACGAAAACUGUCCCGGUCGACUUGAAGUUUGUGAGGGAGAAGUUUAUGGAAAUAGAGCUCAAGCCGAGCAUUUCGCUUGUGAAAAGUAGAUCCAACGAAUAUUUUACCGGCUGGAUUAGGGAACAUCCUCACAUAAAAAUAGAUCCAGAUCGUUUAAGGCGCUCUGAGCUGAAUAGUUUUAUUGCUAGCAAGAAUGCUGGAGGAAUGUAUGAGUUCAAGUGCUCUCUGAAUAUGGAUGUAAGCUCUCUUAUUGUAGAGCAGACGCUAUCAUUACAUCAGUAUGAGACACUGUUCAUUGACAGUGCUUUAUAUCAUGAGAAAAAGGAAAUGUUGAAUAUGCUGCAUGACGUAUUGUCUUACCUGCGGGAUGUAGAUCAUCUUGUCAUCAAGGUGGUAACGAUUUUAGGUGAACUCGAUCAUGAUAUGCUGGACGAGAUUCAAUGUAUGUCUGUUAUCCUUCAGAAAAAGAUCAUCAUCAUACAGCAGAGGCCUGAACAACUCCGGAUCACGGUAAAUGAUCUCACGAAUGCGGCCAAACAGCAACUGAUGAAUCAGAAUCUUCAACUGUAUGGAACAGUUACCUCACUGACAGGAAUUGUACAAGAAGCAGAUGAUUUGCAUUACUUGCUAUCGGUAUCCAAGCUAUGUAAUCAAGACGAUGGCAUCGACCCUACAAAUUCAAACAGCAGAAACUUCUCCAAAAUUGAUCACUGGUACAUACAACGGUACCACGUGCCUUAUGAAACUGCGGAAGAGGAACAAGGUCGUGUAUUCGUGCGACGAAGCUACAUAAUUAUGCAACAAAUGCGACAAUGGUAUUACUACCAGGAUGUGUCAUUUUCCCAGUUGGCAAGAAUAUUUGAAGCCAUAAAACCAACUGUUUUGUCCCUAGUGCGCAGGGCAUGGGAUAGGGGGAGUGUCGCAUGUACUGCACCAGGGAUGGCGGAUGACGUUGGUAGUGGUACAAAGGUGUAUAUUUUCCUAAACGAUGCUGGAGCGGGCAAGACCACCUACUUCACCUGGCUGGCCUGGCGCUUGUCAACGUACGAUCGGUCGCUGUAUGUAAUCAAACUGAUCGCAUUGGAAUAUUCGACAGAUUUCGAACGUUUGGAAGAAUGCGGAGUAGACCAUUGGAAUGACACACAGAUCGUGAGGCUUCUGUAUCGUUUCAUUCACCUGGCGCUGUUUGUUCCGAGCGUCUGCAGGCGUACGAUCGAAGAGACGGAUGUCCACAGAGCUGAGGCCGAUCGAUGUGCGGAACUGAUCAGCCUGUCAAAUGGACGAAUAGUGCUCGACGAGACAAAGACAAAAGAUCUUACAGCGAUGCAACUGAUCGAGCUACGGUUGUUUCGAGAGAAGUUUGAUCAAAACCAGCUCGUACUGAUCCUCGAUGGGUUCGAUGAGAUCGCCCCUUACUACAAGGAUGUGGUGAUGAAGUGUUUCGCUCGUUUCGCUCAGCUAGAUGGUUUACGAAACCUGUACAUAUCCAGCCGUCCGUACGGAUUUGUAGAAGCGUUUAAAAAUGCCUUCAGCAACUGUAACAUCUGUAAGUUGAAACCGUUUACAGAGGAAGAUCAAAUCUAUUUGCUGCAUCUAUUUCUUCGCUCGAAGAUAGCCGCAUACAGCGAUUGCCGUUUCGAUGAGCUUAUACCUGUGGUGGGAAUUUUGUACGCCACAGUGAAUUUCCAAGAAGGCACGAUUCAAAAUGUGCCGCUAAUGUUUUACAUACUGUAUGUCACUUUCUUGCCCAAAGUCCAGCGCUACGUGGACUUUGAUGCGCAGCAAAUUUGUGGUAAAAUUUUCAUCGAAAAAGGCCUACCAUUGCUAGACAUGGUGGAAACGUACGUUGACCUAAAGCUGCGCAUACACAAUGUAGAGAAGGCAGGCCUAACCGAUUCUGCCUCCGUUACAGCUGGGGCCAAGGAGAUCGAGCAGCUGCUUGCGCGGGAUGUAAAGGCAGAGCAUGGACUGCUAGGCGCGUACGUCAUGUUUCCGAAGUCGUGCUGGAAUGAGCUGUUUACCAAGCAGCAGCUCAAGAAAGUAGCACUAUACGUGCAUAACCUAACACAAGGCGAGGACAGUGGGGGUCUCAUUGAUAGAAUUCAAGACGGCAUGCCCUCGUUUGUUCAUCGAUCGUUUGCGGAGUUCUUUGCAGCAUACUGGUUGUCGCAGCACUACAGGCGAGUCCUGGGAAGCGUGAGCUUUUUCCGCUCCGUAACAUUUUGGAAUGACGAUUCGUAUCAAGAGAUUCACACAUUUUUUGAAGCAAUGGUCGACAGACAGUGUAGCGACUACCCUGUCCAUAAUGUAAUUAAAAAGCGUUCAACAUCAUCGGUGGAAGAAAUCAUAUCGCAGGAUCCGUCUGCAAUCUACAAGAGAGAUGGUGUAGGGCGUACGCCGUUUCAUCUGCUGGCAAGAUACUAUUCAAAUGAGCUGGUGGAAUUGCUUAUGAAAAGGAACAUUUUGGUGCGCGAGACCGUCUCGUUGAAGGAUGAGCUGCUGCAGUGGAGCGUUUUGGACUACGCCUUUGUCUGUAAUAAUACGACGUAUAUAGAACAACUGUUAACACUCGGCCCCGAUGUCAACUUAGAUGUUUUACUGCAACAGCUGCUGACGAGCGACAUCGACCUGCUACUUAAGCGCUCCCAUACCCUCGUGAAUCUGCUAGAAAAACACGACGCCACGCGCGCCUUAACGCGACAGAUACAUACACGCGUAGUGCAGCAUAUCUUACGCGACAGGCAACUGAACCUGAACGCUCGCCUUGAGAAACUUAAAUCCUUGACAGUGCUAGAGUACUGUACGGAACUCGGCGCGUAUGAUAUGUUCCUGGAGUUUGUAGCACAGUCAGAUGAUCCGUACCGUGUGUUGGCGACAGACAUUAAUGGGCUAUUUCAAAAAGCGUUCUUGUGCAGGGAUACCCGCUUUGUAUUCUAUUACAUCGAGCAACAUAACUUUCCCCUCCCGUGGGUGGAUAAUUUUGCCGGAUUUUCCAGCGUUCUGGUCAGCGUAUGUGGAUCGUAUAAAAUGUCAACUUUUAAAGUUCUUUUCAAACAGCUGUGUUUGCAACGCAAGAUUCGAUGCAUUAAUGAGUCGGCCAUUUUACACGAGGAGCUUCCGGAUGCUCCCGGAGAUGAACAGUUUAAUCGUAGGAUUGAGAAUAUGCGUUGCUGUGUUCGCUCUGUUAGGGACAUACACAAUGAUCUGCCAAUUUAUCAGGAAGGAAUACCCUUUCAGGAUGAAUGUAUCGUCGAAUGUCUUUUAGCACGAACGAUAGAUAUGGGCUCCAUUGAGAAAACUGGUUACGUGCUGCAGAUGACUGAAACGGUCGUGACAAAUGAGUUGAUAGAGAAGAUUAUGCGCCUACUGCCGAAAGGUGUCAGCCAUAAAGAAUCCAUUGGUACGUUUAAAUAUCUUUUGCAGCACGCCACCAACCUGUACCAGACGGAUAGCGAGGGUCGAAAUUUGCUGCACUCGAUCGCCCAACAUGGAUGCUUCUUUAUGCUGCAUUGUCUCGUUCAGAAAGGGGUCGAUGUAUCGCUGGUAAAUGCGAAAAACGGCUGGAACGUGUUCCACUACAUCGCAUCCAGAGCGAACAAUGCCCAUUCGCUACAUUUUGAAACUGAUUCACGGAACAUAAUAUUCAAGUACAUGUUACAAGCAGUACCGGAUCCUGACUAUUUGACGGCACGAGACAUGGCAGGGUACAAUGUGCUGGAUGUUGCAAUAGUUAAACAAAACUUUAGUGUGGCUCGCACGAUCGUCAACAGCCAGAUUAGCCACGUGGUAGGUGGAGCAGAAGAACGGCUGCAGGCUUUGUUCGACAAGGUGAAGCAUGUACUCACGGAGGAACACGAGAUAAAGGUAACGAAGUUCUUUUGGUACUUGCAUGAAUACACGGAGGAGCAUGAUGAGUGGAGUGAGGUUUAUGCCACUGCAGCGAAAUGGAAAUAUAGCAAACCGGAUUACACUUUCUCGUAAUGAUGAGCGGAGUGAUCAGAUGAGUUGUUGCGACGAGCAACGAAUAGGUUUGAUGCGAUUUGAAAUUUAAUGAAUAUUGCGUUUACAACGGUUGAGUUUGGAGAGAGAUUUAAAUUGUAACUUAUCGUAUGAGAACAAGAUCGCUGGCCUACAAUAAACAUACAUUUCUGGAAACGUCCCGAUACUUGUGUUCAACGAUAAGCGUAAGCAAGACGAAUAGGCGAAGGGUAGUAAAAUAAAUCUUAGGGUUGGUACACUUAGAUCUGGAAUUCGGACACAUUUCAACACCAUCAAACAUGUUAGUAUAUUAAAACCGAUUUUGUUUAAUGAAGUUCGGAUUUUAUACAGAACCAUAACAGAAAA